UGUGAGGUGAGUCACACAACAUGGAGACUGACACCAAGCAGUGGGGGACAUCAGGAAAUUGGAGUUCAACACAGACCUCUCAGACCUUGGACAUGGACAUCAGAGACACUCAAGCUCCAGUCGAGAUGGAUGAGGCACACUGGAAACUGAUGAUGAUUGCGUUUGAGAAGCAGCUUUCUGAGAUCCAAAAUAAAUAUGGAGUCCGGUUUGAUGUUGAAUCUGUCCGAGGCUUGUUUAAGGUGUCAGCACGGUCCACAGGAACUCAUCAGGUCAAUCUCGAAACUCACGCCCUCAGAGCCUUAACUCAUCUCUACCAAAAGGUAGUUACAUCAGCGGUCACCUGUGAUCUUAAAGAUUCUUCCUACACUGAGAAGGUGUCCCAGGCAUUUGAGAGAAUUCGCUCUCGACACAGCUGUGUUGGUGGAGGAGAUAGAAACGGAAGCUGGAAACUUUUUGGACUGCCAAAGCAUCUCGUUCCUGCUAUAGCUGACAUUGAGAAGAUUGUUGGACAUCCAGUAUUUGAUGACAAGACGAAGCAAAUGCUCGGAUAUCCGUGGGAUUUUCCACAGGCAAGUGGAUUUCAGAGGGGACAGAUGGGGAUGGAUGUAAUGAGAGGGGCACAUGGUACUGACCUGAGAGGUGGAAAAGAGAAUUUUGAUUUCAACCAAGGGUUCCAAAAUAAAGCAAAAGAAAAUGUUAAAGAAAAAGAAAGUGAAGACAAUAAAUGUCCAAUUUGCCUGGAUAUAUUUACUCAAAAGAGAAAAGUGAAAUGUGGUCACGAGUUCUGCAAAGAGCGUCUGAAACAGUUAAUAAAGAUCAGUGGAGAAAUUUGCCCUUUGUGUAAGAAAAUCUUUGGGAUAUUAAAAGGAAACCAGCCUGAUGGAACAAUGGAGGUCCAACAUUACAAACAUACAGACCUACCUGGCUUUCCUCGAUGUGAAAACCUUACUAUGGGACUCAUCGCACUGCGUACUUACCGGACAACGCUGAAGGAAACCAUGUUCUGAACCUGCUGAGAAGGGCUUUUGAUCAGAAACUCAUCUUUACUGUUGCAACUGUCACAAAAAAUGAAGGAGAAGAUGUGGUUACCUGGAAUGACAUUCAUCACAAAAGGAGUACAUCCGGUGGACCGGAGUGUUAUGGCUAUCCUGACCCGAACUACUUAAAAAGAGUGAAAGAAGAGCUGAAGGCCAAAGGCAUCGACUAAGGAUUAAAAAUACAGAAUUCUGAAUUUUACUCAUAGCUUGAAUACUUUUACAUAGAAAAGAAGGUUGUGGAGUCAUAAAGAAUACUAAAAUGAAUCUUACAUUUAACUACGUGUAAUUUACGGUGAUGGAAGGUACAGUGAAGCAUUAAACCAAUCGUACACCAUUUCACAUCUUUAUAUACAGUACAUUGUUGUGGUUUUGCUUUUGUGUGAUGUUAGAUACUGGAAUGGUGAGCAGUCAAAACAAAGUAAGAUAAAAUAGGUCACAAAGUUUAGAAAUAAAAACGAGUCACAAUGCUUAUGAAAAUGUCUAAAAUUUUGAUGAAUGAUUUACUUAUUUCAAUAAAAAAAAGGUACCAGAA